AUGAAACUACGAACAACGCUGCUGGUGUCCUUCUUAAUAUCGGGUCUCGGCGGUGUGUCUCUCACUGAGUUUAAUGAACAACUGGCCCUUGUGGAUGCUGAUUUUGCUCAGCAUGGACCUACUGUGGAGGUUCUCAAUGGCUUUGAGCAACUGCUGAAAGGGACACCAGAUAGCGCUGACGAUGUUGAGUUUAGUGCGAUAUUGGCCAAGACGUGGUAUAGAAAGGCCAUCGUCAACUUGAGCUUGGGCAAAGACUCCAACGCCAUAAACGACCUUGAGAGGUCAAUGACCUGGGACCCGAACAACGCAGCUGUAAAGAAGAACCUGCUGGAUCUGUUGGUCAAAUACGGCAAUAGGGAUAAGUUGAAAGGCCUGGGUGCAUUGAUCAAUCCCAAAGAUCCGCUUUAUUCCAGUGCAUUAGACCAGAUCCAUCGCAUUGAAGAAUUAGAGCACUCUGGUGAUCUUGAAAAGCUUGGUGAGGCUAUUAUCAUAUCGCCGUUUGAUGCGCAGCUUCGAGAGAGAAGAAUACAACUGAUACAUGAUAAGAUCAAAUCAAGUGAUGGUAUCGCUGAACAGAAUGCGCUGUUUGCUGAUCUGAUCAAUGACUAUACAGUGAUGAUCAAAGUCAAUCCAGCCAUCAAAUCUGAGAAUUGGAAUACACUUUCAAAUAUCAACCUCUUUGGCCUAGGUGAAUAUUCCACAGCGUUGAAUGCCAACAAGAAAUGUCUCCAUUACGACAUGGACAAUGCUAAUUGCAAGAUGAACUCGAAACUGCUCAACAAAUACUCCUCCAUCUUGACGCAACUAUCCCACCAAAGAGAGUAUUACGCCUCCUUACAGGAAAACAACGAUGAAAAAUUGGAGCUGGAGGCCAUUGAUAUCAAAGAUCUUGCUACAUCGCUAACCAAACAGGAUAAGUUCCUCAAGAUACGCCGGUUAAAUGAACAAUUCAAAACAAAUCUCGACUUCAUUCUUCAUAAAGCUAAAGAAUUCAACGAUGAGUUCAACUUGAAGUAUAACCAGUUGGAGAUGACGAUAUAUACGACUCUCGCUAUGGAUGCGAUAUUGCGUCAUGACUCAACAAUGUUGAAGACAUAUGGGAAGAAAUUACCGGAAGAUUCACUACCACGCUCGUUGAUCAAAAUAGACAAAGCUCUCCAUUCAAAAGAAUUUCAUCAAGCCCAUCAGAUGAUUACACAGUUACCAAAGAACAUGCAAAAGUGUUCAUUUGUCUCCAAACGUCUUGAGAAGAUACAGGAACAUAACCAACAACAACAGCAUCAACAGAGACAACACAGACAAAGGCAAUACCAGCAACAACAACAGCAUCACCAAAGACCCCCUUCCAAACCAAAAAAUGACUAUUAUGCCAUAUUGAACAUUGACAAGACUGCUGAUGAGCGUGAAAUCAAAAAGGCAUAUCGUGAAGCUUCAAAGUUAUAUCACCCAGAUAAGUAUAAAGGUGAUCUUUCCCCAGAAGAGGUUGAGGAUAAGAUGACACAGAUAAACAUGGCCUAUGAGGUGCUGAGUGAUCCUAAAUCGAGAAAGGAUUAUGACUUAGGUAUUGAUCCAAACGACCAUGAGUCCCAACAUCAACAUAAUCAUCAACGUCAACAGCGUUAUACGCAACACGCCGGUGGUAAUCCAUUUGGAGGGUUUGGUAAUGGUGGGUUCCAAUUCCAUUUUGGCAAUGGUGGUGGUGGUAAUUUCCACUUUGGUUGA